AUGUUUCCACCCAAAUUCCAGUUACGAAGUAAAGCAAUUAGAUCAAAUUUCUGCAAUCGUUCGAAUUUUGCUCUCUUUUUCACGCAUACUACUUCGUGUGAUGAAGAAAGGAAAGAACAACACCUUGAAGAAAGCAUUACUAACAGGUCUUAUUGGACCAGAAGAAUCCACAAGCUUUGUGCAAUCGAUCGCAAUGUCGAUGAAGCAAUCACCCUUGUUGACAAGCUUUGCAUCCAUGGAUACCACCUCGAUUCGCUCAACCUCAGCAGCAUAAUCCACGCUCUCUGUGAUUCCAACAGGUUUGCUGAAGCUCACCGUCGUUUUCUCUCAUCUCUUUCUUGCUCUUCAGGUAAUGGUUUUAUCAUACCAGAUGAACGGACGUGUAACGUGAUCAUUGCAAGGUUAUUAGAUUGGGGGAAAAAUCCCCAUGUCACAUUGCGUCUUGUGCAUAGAAUUAUCGCUGUGAAACCUCAUUUUGUCCCAUCGUUGAUGAAUUUUAACCGUUUGAUCAAUCAGCUUUGUUCGUUUUCAUACGUUCAUUCAGCACAUGUUUUGUUCUUUCAUAUGAAGAGUUUAGGCCAUCUUCCUAAUGAGGUUUCCUACACUACUUUGAUCAAUGGCUAUUCCAGAAUUGGGGAACUGGGAUUUGCACAUAAGCUGCUCGAUGAAAUGUCUGAAUCUGGGGUAAAGCCUAACUCACUAACAUACAGUGUCUUAAUCCGUGGAGCUCUUCAUGUAAGGAAUAUCGAACUCUACACCUCAUUGCUUCAAAAACUAUGGACAACAAUGGCUAAUGAAAAUCAUGAUCACAUUGUCAAUCAUGCUGCUUUUUCGAAUCUAAUUCAUGCUUUAUGUCAAGAAGGAAUGUUCAAAUCAGUUUUUGAAAUCGCUGAACAGAUGCCACAAGAGAACAACGUGAACAAUGCUUUUGCUUAUGCCCAAAUGAUAGACUCACUUUGUCUCCAUGGAAGACAUCAUGGUGCUUCAAGAAUAGUUUACAUCAUGAUGAAACGAAAUUAUAUCCCAAGCUUAGUUUCCUACAACUCAAUCAUCCAUGGACUUACCAAAAAUGGUGGAUACCUUAGAGCAUAUCAAUUAUUAGAACAAGGGAUCGAAUUUAACUACACACCAUCUGAAAACACUUACAAGAUUCUCAUACAAUGUCUUUGUUUACAAGAACACAAUCUUAUAAAAGCAAAGAAGCUUCUUGACAUUAUGUUAAACAAAAAAGGGGUAGACAAGGUUAGAAUUUACAAUAUUUACAUACAAUCUUUAUGUCAAAUGAAUAAAGAUUCUUCAACCGAGCUUCUAAACACCCUUCUCAUCAUGCUCGAGACAAAAUGUCACCCUGACAUAAUUACUCUCAACACAAUUAUCAAUGGAUUUUGUAAAAUGGGAAAACUUGAAGAUGCAAUGAAGGUUUUAGAAGAUAUGUUAAUUGGAAAGUUUAACUUUUGCACUCCUGAUAAUGUGACAUUUACUACAAUUAUAAGUGGUUUAUUAACAUUUGGAAGAUUAAAAGAAGCUUUUAACAUUUUAUAUAAAGUUAUGCCCGAAAAGGGUUUUCACCCGAGUGUCAUAACAUAUAAUGUUGUUCUUCGUGGUUUGUUUAACCUCGGUCUUGUGAAAGAAGCCAUGGAAGUGUUUAACUCUAUGGGUUUUGGUACAGAUACUGGUACUGAUACUGACAAACUGAUUGAUAAUAGUAAAAAUGUGAUAUCUAGAUUUGAACUUAAGACUGGUACUGAUUAUGACAUUCUUACUGUUGGGACAAACAUGUGGGGCCUGGUUGCUGAUAGUACUACACAUGCAAUAAUGAUUGAUGGAUUAUGCAAAUGUGAUUGUGUAGAUGAAGCGAAGGUGUUUUGGGAUGAUGUAAUUUGGCCUUCGGGGGUUCAUGAUAAUUUUGUGUAUUCGGCUAUGAUUAAAGGGCUUUGUGGAUCCGGGAAGUUUAAUGAAGCUUGUGAUUUUGUUUAUGAAUUGGUGGAUUGUGGGGUUAGGACAAAUGUUGUGAAUUAUAAUAUUUUGAUUGAAGGUGGUUGUAAGUUGGGUUUAAAAAAAGAAGUGUAUCAGAUUUUGGGGGAAAUGAGGAAGAAUGGAGUGGAACCGGAUUCGGUUACAUGGAGGAUAAUUGAUAAAUUACAUAAGCAAAAGAAAGAAUGGAGUUGUGAAGACAAAAUCAAUGUAUAA